AUGGCUACAGUCGACUAUCUCGUGUGCCUGGUACUGCUGCUUGCCUCGCAUCUAUUGGGUGCAGCUGCAGCUGCAGAAAACUGGCAGCGUUUUCCCUCCCUUGACACAUUUGCCAGCUAUGAGGACAUGCAGCGUUACUUUGAUCAGCGCAACUUGCGUAGCAUGCGGCACAUAGACAACCCCACGGAUGACAGCUACUUGGCCGCUUUCAAUCAGUAUAACGAACAGCCAGCAAGUCCCUCCCUGGUUGCACAUUCACGCACCAAGCGGGAUGAGCGUCAGCUGCCUACAGCGCCACGCAUGUUGCGGUUUGAGCUUAGCGACGCAGUGGAGCCUAGCCAGGAGGUGAAGCUGCUUGUGCGCCAGCAUCAGGAUCGAUCGGAAAAGGCACUCGCAUCACCCAGUAGUACGGCAAAGCCACCGGCUAGCAACACCGCUGGCAGCAAGAAAUCACGCAAGCCACGUCGUUCGCGACGAUCUGCAGGACAUCGCCAGCCGGCUAAUUUUAAGGUGCAAAUGAUACCCUUCGAGGCAACCGAUGCACGUGAGCCGGAUGCAAUUACCGCUCAGCUAAUUAAUCGCGCAAGAGCUUUGGAUGUGCAAAGAGCACCAACUGCAGCCUCGGCGGAGCAGCCAACUACACGAUCUCAACGCAAGCUGAAACGCAAGACUAAGCGCUCCAAACGCUCAGCGCCGCUGCAGGUGCUCAAGUUUGAACUGUCUGAUGCAAAAGCAUCGUUGCCAGCCUCGUUACAGCGCAACGGCAAGCAGCUGUCUAGCCUAUUGACCAUGGAGACCCAAGUGACGCAAAUGAAUCAAAGCCAAAUACCGAUUGCUACAACGCAGCAGACACGCGUCGACGAUAACAUGGUGAUGUCGGAAGAGGCUGCAGCCGAGUCAAAACGCAUGUAUAUCUACAAGGAGGCGCCUGCCACAUAUAUCAAGACUAAGAAGUCCCUAAGUGCUCUGCCGCACGAAGUGCAGAAGGUUAUUACGCAUCUCAUUAAGGAGGGCAACGGAGGCAAGGCGUACAUAAAGUAUCUGACACCCCAAAAGACUGACUACGAACAUUACAAGGCUAAGACAGUUGCCUAUGUGCCCAAGCCAGCGGCUUAUAUCAAGUAUGUGGCUGCUAAGCCAGUGGAACCACAAGUUCAAGUGCACAUACAGCCCGUGCCCGUUGUGGAGCAACUGCGAUACGUCUAUAAGCCCAACUAUGGCAAAGUAUACCCAGCCGCGCCCACAAUACCACAGCCCAUUGUUGUGCAAGAACCAGCGCCAGUCGCCCAUGCGGCGCCUGUUAUCGAACAAGUGCAUCAUACAUACAGCGCGGAGCUGGUCACACACGAGCUACCAGCACCAGCAGCUGAGGCGCAACUGCAACAUGCUGCCAGCAAUGUAGCAGUUCCACAGUUUCGUCCGUCGAAGCCAGACCCGCUGCAAGUGGAGUCGAGUCCCAUCUAUGGUCGACCCAUUGAGCAGUACAAGUAUGAGGUUCAAGCAGAGCCAAGUCCCUCCACGCCGCCUCUAAUUAAAAUCGAGUACCUUGCGCCCGCGGAUAGUGUUAAGGAGCACUAUAAGCAGUUGCCCGAAUUUCGUGAGCUGUCCACGCUGAUUGGCAAGUCGCCCGACGAUCAAAUCCACGGACUUACCUAUCUGCUGGCCAAGGAAAUGCAGGCAAAGCUUCAACGUCAGCCCAAGCAACAGCUUGUUGCCCAAAUACCGGAUCCCCGUCCCCAAGACAACACUGCUCCUAUACUUUUUCAUCCCGGACAGACUCAACAACAGCAACAACAACAGCAGCAGCAGCAGCAGCAGCAGCAUUCACAACUGGCACCAGCUCCUGUUCUGGCCAUAGCAGAGCACGGUUCGCUGGGCGUUCAACCGGGUCGUCUGAUUGGCAUGGCCAAGACAAAACAGUAUGUGCCCAUUGUGGAACCGGGCAACAAUGAUGUUAAGCAGCAACCAGCUCUGGCGAGCACCGCUGCCACCAAGGUGCCCACGCCCAGCUCCUUCAUUGACUUCAACCCCGGACACGGACUGUCGCACGGCUACGAAGGUAUCCGCGAUGAGCAGCCCCUGACCACAAUCGAACACAUUGUGCAUCAUCCGACGCACACGCAACACCAUGGAAUGCUGGCCACAUCUCUGCCAGCUCAGUUAGAGGGCGGAAAGAUUGCAAACGACCUGCAUUAUGUGCAUGACCAAGACGACAAAGCGCUGAAUCAGUACGCCUCAAAGUAUGCCUUCGGUUAUCGCAUACGUGAUUUCCAUACCGGCAACGAUUUUGGCCACAAGCAGAAUAGGGAUUUGCAUGGCGUGACACGCGGUCAAUAUCACAUUUUAUUGCCAGAUGGACGCGUCCAGAACGUGAUUUAUCAUGCAGACAAUACGGGCUUCCAUGCGGACGUUAGCUUCGAGAGCGGCACAACGACACACUGA